AUGAUGCUGUACACUGUANUAUGUUUGUACAAGAAUAACACUCUUCAGUCGUCCUCGUCCCCUAUAGUUUCUUCCAAGACUGAGCGAAGACGAAGAGCGGCCAAGAGAUCAGGCGGAAGUGUACGCGCUGUUCUCGACGAGAUGUUUUCAGCAGCUUCAUCGUCAUUUUGUUCGCAGCCUUCGACGUCAUCUGAUGAAAACUUCUCUGGAGGGGCAGCAGAUUCGUUUUUCUCGUUCUUCUUCUCGAUUUCUCCCAGUUCUUCGUCUGAAACACCAUAGAAGGCAGCGAGAGCUCGACGCUCGCGCGCAGCGAACUCAGUGGCACGAUCAGCUAAAGCUGCUCUGAGCUCCUCCAUAAGCUGAUUAGAUUUCUCUUGUGUGGCGAAGUCGGUGACAUCCCAUUCGCGAUAUCAUCCAAGGAGAGGACCACCUUCUCCAUUCCAUCGUAUUUUUUAGGCUCAUGUUCGUUUUCAGAAGUCUUCAAACGGUUGCGAUUCCUCUGUGAGAGCGUUACUUGGAGCGCGUCGAAAUUGGCGAUAA